AUGUGGAAUGUGUCAGAAUCCUCAUCCGGGAGUGAUGCAGAAGCAGAAGAGCAUCCAGACGAGCCGGUGACGUCGGAAAAGAAACCAGUGAUCCGAGAAGGAAACAGUAGCGGAGGAUCUAGUGAUGACAACGAGGAAGAGAAGGACGAAAGCGAUUUUGAAGGUGCCAGAGGUACGCAUUCUUCAGCAAAUUUGGAAGAAAAUGAAGAAAGAGGAAGAAAUACAGAAAACGGGUUACUGUAUAUAAAAUAAAAAAAGCUUUCAGAGGGGAAUUCGGCCAAAAGUUCGUCGGAUAACAACGACGAGAGCGAGGAAGCGAGCGGGAAUUCAUCGAGUCCCGAGCCAGAAGAAAAGCCGGCAAAGAAGAAGAAUAACAGUCGAGGGAUGGAUGACAAGACGAGAAAAGUAGUCGGGAUUUUGGAAUUCCUACUCACAAAUAGCCUUUUCAGUUACUAGAAGAUGAGAACUACCUGCGACGAUCGAAGCGCUCGAAGCGGCAGGACGAAUCCGUUUCCGAAGAGACGGAAGAGACCGAGUCGUCCGACGAUGAAUGGGAGGGUCGGAAGAAGCCGAAAAGGAAGAGCAAUCCGCCGCCGAAGCAGACGAAAAAAGCGGUCCAAGCGGCAGUAAGAAGGAAGUCGACAAAGGGAAACGUCGAUUAUACGGAAAAAAAUUCGGAUGACGACGUUAGAAUUGAAAUUAUUAAAUUGUUUCAUUAGAAAAAAGUUUAGAUCGAUGACGAUGACGUUCUCGAAUGGGACGAAGAACCGGCAGUUCCAGUUGAAGGACCUCCCGUUAUCACUGAAAACGUGGAAAGAGUAGGAAAUCGCCCGGAAACGUACUUUUAUGAACUCCCCCAAUUUCAGAUUAUUAAAUGGAGGUUCGGACUUCCGGGAGCCACCGGAUCAGGCACUACGUGCUACAAUAUCAACGAGAAGGGCGAUCCGAACGAGCAGGCGGGCGACAAAACGGAGCAGCAGUUCCUCGUGAAAUGGACGGGAUGGAGUCACUUGCACAACACUUGGGAAUCCGAACACUCAUUGGCAAUAAUGAAUGCGAAAGGAAUAAAAAAAUUGCAGAACUACGUGAAAAAGCAAAAAGAAGUGGAAAUGUGGAAGCGGUCAGCCGACAAGGAGUACAUUGAGUUCUACGAGUGCGAACAACAAAUGGCCGAAGAGCUCUGCGAGGAAUACAAGAUCGUGGAGAGGGUGGUCUCGCAUCAGACUUCCAGAGAUCGGGCGGCCGACGGAUCCCUGGCCACCGAGUUCCUCGUCAAAUGGAACGGUCUUCCGUACUCGGACUGCACAUGGGAAGACGAGAAAAUGGUGGCGCCCGAGCAGAUAAAAGCCUAUUACCGGAGGAUCGAGAAUCAGAAAUCACCGAACAAAAACGCGGUUGUUCUCCGGAAGCGCCCCAAAUUUGAGAAGUUGGACACGAUGCCGGACUUCCUGAAGACGGACGGAGAGUCGACCCAUGAGCUGAGGGACUAUCAACUCGAGGGCCUCAAUUGGAUGGUCUACGCGUGGUGCAAAGGAAACAGCUCGAUUCUGGCCGACGAGAUGGGCCUCGGAAAGACGAUUCAGUCGAUUUCCCUCCUCGCGUCCCUUUUUCAUCGCUACGAUCUUGCUGGUCCCUAUCUCGUCGUUGUUCCCCUUUCGACUAUGGCCGCGUGGCAGAAAGAGUUUGCUCAAUGGGCUCCUGACAUGAAUUUAGUCGUUUAUAUGGGAGACGUCGUGUCCAGAGACAUGGUAAGCGGUUAGUAGUUCGCUCAUUUGUCAAAACGUUUGUUUUUAGAUUCGACAAUACGAAUGGUUCGUCGGUGGAACAAAGAAAAUGAAGAUCAACGCGAUUCUGACGACGUAUGAGAUCCUUCUGAAGGACAAGGCAUUCCUUUCGUCUGUCGAGUGGGCCGCCCUUCUCGUGGACGAAGCGCACCGUCUCAAAAACGACGACUCGCUCCUGUACAAAUGUCUGAUCCAGUUCCGAUUCAACCACAAACUGCUCAUCACCGGAACUCCCCUUCAGAAUUCGCUCAAAGAAUUGUGGGCUCUUCUCCACUUUAUCAUGCCUGAGAAGUUCGACAAUUGGGAAGAGUUCGAGACGGCACACAACGAGUCGAACCACAAGGGAAUAUCCGCUUUGCACAAGAAACUGGAGCCGUUCCUGUUGAGACGAGUCAAAAAGGACGUCGAGAAGUCGUUGCCGCCAAAGACCGAACAGAUCCUUCGCGUGGAUAUGACCGCCCAUCAGAAGCAAUUCUACAAGUGGAUCUUGACAAAAAACUACCGAGAAUUGUCGAAAGGCGUCAAAGGAUCGAUCAAUGGAUUCGUUAACCUGGUGAUGGAACUGAAAAAGUGCUGCAAUCACGCGUCUCUAGUUCGCCAAUACGAUCACGUGCACGACGACGCCCACGGAAGACUGCAGCAGCUUCUGAAGUCCUCCGGAAAGUUGAUACUUCUGGAUAAACUGCUCUGCCGACUGCGAGAUAAGGGUCAUCGAGUGCUGAUCUUCUCCCAGAUGGUCAUGAUGCUCGACAUCCUUCAAGAGUACCUUCAAUUGCGUCGCUUCCCUUCCCAAAGACUCGACGGAUCCAUGCGGGCGGACUUGAGGAAGCAGGCUCUCGACCACUAUAACGCACCCGGUUCCAACGAUUUCGCAUUCCUUUUAUCGACAAGAGCCGGUGGAUUAGGAAUCAAUUUGGCAACUGCCGACACUGUCAGUUUUGGGCUAUCCCAACUCCCAUUUCAUUCAAAUCUUUGCAGGUGAUCAUCUUCGAUUCGGAUUGGAAUCCGCAGAAUGACUUGCAGGCAAUGUCCCGAGCGCACAGAAUCGGACAGACAAAAACGGUGAACAUCUACCGAUUGGUGACGAAAGGAUCCGUCGAGGAGGAGAUUGUGGAGAGGGCGAAACGAAAGCUCGUGCUGGAUCAUUUGGUCAUUCAGCGGAUGGACACCACCGGAAAGACGGUAUUGUCGAAGAAUGCGACCGCCAGUGGAAGCGUUCCGUUCGACAAACAAGAAUUGAGCGCUAUUCUCAAGUUUGGAGCGGCUGAGCUGUUCAAAGAGAAAGAAGGCGAAGAGCAGGACCCGGAAGUGGACAUCGAUCGGAUUCUGAUGGGUGCGGAGACCCGAGAGGCGGAGGACGAUAUGCUGAAAGAAAACGAACUGCUCAGCUCAUUCAAGUAUGCCACGUUCGCCAUCGACGAAGAGAAGGACAUUGCGGCAGCGACAGACGAAUGGGCGGGCAUCAUCCCGGAGGAAGACAGAAAUCGGAUUCUGGAGGAGGAACGGAUGAAAGAGUUGGCUGAAAUGAAUCUGGCGCCGAGGCAAAGAGCCAAGCCGAUGCCGCAAUUGAUCGCAGACGGAGACGACGAAGAAGACGAUGACGACGACGAAGGCGACAAAAAGAAGAAGAAAAAGGCGAUCGGCAACUUUUCGAUUCCUGAAAUCAAACGAGCUAUCAAAGCGUUCCGGAAGUUCGCAAUGCCGCUCGAAAGGUACCUGUCGAGAUCUUGAAUCUCUCUUUUUGUUGACCUUUGUGCUCGGUUUGUGUGCCGGGCGCCCGUGCCUUCGCAUCCUUCCUCUCUCGCUUUCCAUCGUUUCCACACCCACUUUCUCAUUUGUUUUUACAGGCUCGAGGAAAUUGCUCAAGAUGCGGAACUCGAAGAGCACAGCACUGAGGAAAUGAAGAAGUUGGUGGAGAGCCUGAGCGAGUCGUGCAAAAAAGCGAUCGAAGAGUUUGAAGCCGCUGAGAAGAAUGGUACCGGCAGUGACAAAAAGGUCAGUUCGAAGCUUCAGAAAGAGAAAAAUAAGAUUGCGUUCAGGAUGCGGACAGAAAAUUCAAAUUUGCUAAUUGCGAUGUGAAUCUGAAGCAGAUUGAACGGAGUCACGCGGAGCUGGCACCACUGCACGAAGCACUCAAAACACAGGAGAAGAAAACGUCGUUUAAACCGCCGUCAAAUGCGAAACCGCAGAAAGGAUGGGACGUGGACUGGAAAUGGGCUGACGACGGAGCACUGCUCUGGGGAGUGUGGAAGUACGGAUACGGUAGUUGGGAGGCGAUUAAGAUGGAUCCGACGCUCGGAUUGGCAGACAAAAUCUUUAUAAAGGAUAAAACGAAAAAGCCACAAGGGAAACAUCUUCAACAAAGAGUUGACUAUCUGCUGCGACUGAUGAAAAAAGAUAAAAAGACGGUGACUUCGGAUAAGAAAGAAAAGAAAAGAAAGGCAGAAGAGUCGACGCCAGUAGUGCCAGAGAAGGUAAGCUGAAAGAAAAGGAAGUGGAAACAAAUAAUGAAUAAUUACAGAAAAAGAAGCAGAGCAAUAACGUGAGCAAUGAAGGGGACAAGAAGAAAGAGAAGAAGGAGAAGAAGGAGAAGAAGGAAGAGAAAAACAGAAGUCUGAAGGAUCAGCUGGCUCUUCUCACCAUCGACAAGUCACUGUACGGUGGUGCUCUCGAGGACAGCAGUGCGAAACCGUUCCUGGGUAAAUAACAGACUUUCGAAAUUCUCCUCGAACGCAUUCUCUUUUCAGAAUGUGUCAAGCUCUGCAUGCCAGUGCACAAGUACAUGAAGAAGUUGAAAGAAGCGCAAGAGUCGAAGAAUCAAGCGGACGAAGCGAAAUAUCUCAUUCGGCUCGGCGAUUCAUUCCUCACCAAUCUGGAAACUCUUUUGAAACGAAAGCCGAAAACCAACAUCCGAAAGUGGUACAAUUAUCUGUGGAUCUUCCUGUGCAAGUUCACUCUGCGAGAGCCUGCCGAGCUGGCCGAUCGGUAUCGGAGUUUGACUUCGGAUAAACACAAAAACCACCACCAUCACCACCAUCAUCAUUACAAAAGCAAAGAAGAGAAGCCGAGGGAAACGAAGGAUAAUAAGGAAAGAGAGCAUCAGAAAGAGAAGAACAGGGGCGAGAAACGGAAAACGGAUCACGGUGAGGGGAGUAGCAAGGACCACCACCGAGACCGUCAGAAGGUACCGUGGCAAUCGUUUCGACCUGUGAUAUCAUCUAUUUUCCAGGAGAAGCACCGUCGCCACUAG